CCAGGGAUUUGGGGAUCCUGAGAAUAGCCUGAAAGUGUUGCAUGAGGAGCAGCUGAGGAGGAGGAGGAGUGAAGGGCUUGGAAAGGAGGCAGAGCUUGCAGGAGGCUGCAGAAGCCGACUGGGCCUAAUAACGAGCAGGACUUUCCUGAGUCUUCGGGGGCAUCAUUGAGUCUGCAGCAGGGUGCAAGAGGACGGCGCUGCCUGAAGGACUGAACGUGUUCUUACACACACCCCGUGCCAGCCUGAAGGACUCUGGGCUGCUGCAUGCUUUGGCUAAAGAGCAAGGUAAAUGUUGGGAGAGGAAGAAUGAUAGAAACCCGAUGGAUGGAGCAGCUAGAUGGGGAAAAAGGAAACAAGAGAGACUAGAAACUGGAAUGAAUCCAAUGCUUUUCAGCAUGUAAUCCAGCAAAUAACACAACAAGCAGGAGAAAGAAGCCUGUGUCCUCCGUGUGGGAAAAGCUCCUCUUCUGAACCCAGCUUUCAAUCUUAGAAGGAAAUGAACGCAAGGAAGAAACCACAUAAAUGCCUGGAAUGUGGAAAGAACCUCAGCACGAGUGGAGAAUUUACUAUACACCACAGAAUCCACACUGAGGAAAAACCACAUAAAUGCUUGGAGUGUGGAAAGAGCUUCAGCACAAGAGCACAUCUUAUUAUACACCAUAGAACCCACACUGGGGAGAAGCCACAUAAAUGCUUGGAGUGUGGAAAGAGCUUCAGCACAAGAGCACAUCUUAUUAAACACCAUAGAACCCACACUGGGGAGAAACCACAUAAAUGCCUGGAGUGUGGAAAGAGCUUCAGCCAGAGAGCACAUCUUAUUAUACACCAUAGAACCCAUACUGGGGAGAAACCACUUAAAUGCCUUGAGUGUGGAAAGAGCUUCAGCCAGAGAUCAAAUCUUUUUGUACACCAUAGAACCCACACUGGGGAGAAGCCACAUAAAUGCCUGGAGUGUGGAAAGAGCUUCAGCACAAGUGCAUAUCUUAUUAUACACCAUAGAACCCACACUGGGGAGAAACCACAUACAUGCCUGGAUUGUGGAAAGAGCUUCAGCACAAGUGCAAAUCUUAUUAUACACCAUAGAACCCACACUGGGGAGAAACCACAUAAAUGCCUGGAGUGUGGAAAGAGCUUCAUAACAAGACAACAACUUACGGUACACCUUAGAACCCACACUGGGGAGAAACCACAUAAAUGCCUGGAUUGUGGAAAGAGCUUCAGCCAGAGAGCACAUCUUAUUAUACACCAUAGAACACACACUGGGGAAAAAACACAUAAAUGCCUGGAAUGUGGAAAGAGCUUCAGCACGAGUGGAGAAUUUACUGUACACCACAGAACCCACACUGGGGAGAAACCACAUAAAUGCCUGGAGUGUGGAAAGAGCUUCAGCACAAGUUCACAUCUUAUUGUACACCAUAGAACCCACACUGGGGAGAAACCACAUAAAUGCCUGGAGUGUGGAAAGAGCUUCAGCACAAGUUCACAUCUUACUGUACACCACAGAACCCACUCUGGAGAAAAACCACAUAAAUGCUUGGAGUGUGGAAAGAGCUUCAGCCAGAGAGCAUAUCUUACUGUACACUGUAGAAUACACAAUGGGGAGAAACCACAUAAAUGCCCAGAGUGUGGAAAGAGCUUCAGCAGGAGUGGAGAACUUAUUGUACACCACAGAACCCACACUGGGGAGAAACCACAUCAGUGCCUGGAGUGUGGAAAGAGCUUCAGCAGGAGUGGAGAACUUAUUGUACACCACAGAACCCACACUGGGGAGAAACCACAUCAGUGCCUGGAGUGUGGAAAGAGCUUCAGCACAAGAGCACAUCUUAUUAUACACCAUAGAACCCACACUGGAGAGAAACCACAUAAAUGCCUGGAGUGUGGAAAGAGCUACAGCACAAGUUCAAAUCUUAUUGUACACCACAGAAUCCACACUGGGGAGAAACCACAUAAAUGCCUGGAGUGUGGAAAGAGCUUCAGCAGGAGUGGAGAACUUAUUGUACACCACAGAACCCACACUGGGGAGAAACCACAUAAGUGCCUUGAAUGUGGAAAGAGCUUCAACAGGAGUGGAGAACUUAUUGUACACCACAGAACCCACACUGGGGAGAAAGCACAUAAGUGCCUGGAGUGUGGAAAGAGCUUCACCAGGAGUGGAGAACUUACUGUACACCACAGUACCCACACUGGAGAGAAACCACAUAAAUGCUUGGAGUGUGGAAAAAGCUUUAGCCAGAGAGCACAUCUUACUGUACACUGUAGAACACACACUGGGGAGAAAUCACAUAAAUGCCUGGAGUAUGGAAAGAGCUUCAGCACGAGACCACAACUUAUUGCACACCAUAGAACCCAUACUGGUGAGAAGGCACAUAAAUGACAGAAGCAUGGUGGAACAGUGAGAACCAGUGAGACACUGUUAUCCCUGGAUAUAAACUCUUUAGAAAAAGCAGGGAGGGGUGCCUUGGAGUUGGAGUAGCACUGUAUGUUAAGAAGGGAUAGAAUCUAACAAGCUAGAAAACCUAGUUGGACUGGAGUCCUCCACAGAAUCCCAUACAAGGCCUGAAAGGGAAUGUGUUACUGGGAACAUACUAUUGCCCUCCGGAUCAAAACGCUGACAGUGACUGGGAGUUGCAGGAGGAAAUCAGGGAGGCAUCCAGGAGAGGCAGGGCUGUAAUAAUGGGUGACUUCAAUUACCCACACAUAGGCUUGGUCAAUUCAGUCAGGUAAUGUCAAAGAGGUCAAAUCAGAUAUCCUGAAUAACUGCCCUAGAAGAGUUGGUCUUGGAACCAACCAGAGAGAAGGUGACCUUGGACUUAAUGGUGAGUGGCAGUGGCACCCAGGACCUAGUGUGUGAUGUCAGUAUCAUCAACCCUUUUUAGGGAACAGUGACCAUAGUGUGAUCAAAUUCAGCAUACAUGCGGGGAGAGAAUCACCAAGGAAGUCUAGCACAGACAUUUUGAAUUUCGGAAGAGGAAACUUCUCCAAAAUGAGGAGUAUGGUGAAAAGAAAGCUGAAAGGGAAAAUCAGGAGAGUCACUUGGCUACAGAGUGCAUGGAGUUUACUCAAAAUCACAGUACUAGAAGCCCAGUUAGAUAGUAUACCCAAAAGGAGGAAAGGUACUGCUAUGUCCAGGAGGAUGCCAGCAUGGCUAACAUUCUACAACAAUGUGCAAAAACAUGUAUGAAAAUGGAGCAAUAUAGCAUGGGUGACAGUUUCCAGGAGGCCAACGCCACAAAGGCAUAAAACCGCAACAUGAUGAUCUUUAGCAAACCUCCGUUCCAAAAGAGAAGAGGGCAACACAUUAAAGCGGGCCCGAGCAAAUGAAACCCAAAAUUUAGAAAAAUGCAGCGUUGUUAAGUAGUUAGCACCUCUAUCUCCCCAAGGUGGCAAAAUCCCAAAAUGUAAAGGGGACCAUAAUGUCAACGGGAAACUUCAAGUGUAUGCUGAUGGGAUCUGAGCUGUCGGUGACUGACCAGGAGAGGGAUCUUGGGGUCGUGGUGGACAACUCGUUGAAAGUGUCGACUCAAUGUGCGGAGGUUGUGAAAAAGGCCAAUUCCAUGCUAGGGAUCAUUCGGAAGGGGAGUGAAAAUAAAACUGCUAAUAUUAUAAUGCCCUAAUACAAAACUAUGGUGUGGCCAAACCUGGAGUACUGCGUACAAUUCUGGCCACCACAUCUAAAAAAGGACAUUGUAGAACUGGAAAAGCUGCAGAAGAGGGCAACCAAGAUGAUCAGGGGCCUAGAGCACCUUUCUUAUGAGGCAAGGCUACAACACCUGGGGAUUUUAAUUUUUAAAAAAAGACUGUGGGGGAGACAUGAUAGAGGUCUAUAAAAUCAUGCCUGGUAUGGAGAAAGGAGACAGAGAUAAAUUCUUCUCCCUCUCAUAUAACACUAGAACUAGGGGUUAUCACAUGGAAUAGUUUGCCAGGAAAUCUAGAGCCAACAAAUGGAAGUACUUUUUCACACAACACAUAAUGCACUUGUGGAAUUCUCUGCCACAAGAUGUGGUGACAGCCAACAACCUGGAUGGCUUGAAGAGGGGUUUGGAUAACUUCAUGGAGGAGAGGUCUAUCAUCGGCUACUAGUCGGAGGGCUUCAGGCCACCUCCAGCCUCAAAGGCAGGAUGCCUCUGAGUACCAGUUGCAGGGGGAGUAACAGCAGGAGAGAGGACAUACCCUCAACUCCUGCCUGUGGCGUCCAUCGGCAUCUGGUGGGCCACUGUGCGAAAGAGGAUGCUGGACUAGAUGAGCCUUGGGCCCGAUCCAGCAGGGCUGUUCUUAUGUUCUUAAAUGCCUGGAGUGUGGAAAGAGCUUCAAGCUGAAUAAACACCAUAGAACGCACUCAGGGGAGAAAUCACAUAAAUGCCUGGCGUGUGGAGAGACUUCAGCACAAGUGGAGCUCUUACUGUAUCCCAUAGAACCCACAUAGAGAAAACCACAUGAAUGCUUGGAGUGUUCAGAAUCCCGUUCUGUGUUGGUUGGUGUAGACAAUACUUAGCUGGAUGGACCAGUCGUGUGACUGAGUUCCGGAGCUUCAUAUGUUCAUCUGGAGCACGUCUCACUCAGGAGUUGAGCCCCUGCUUUCCAUGCCAUUGGUCCCAGGUUCAAUCCCUGGCAGCAUCCACAGAGAGGGCUGGGAUAGAGGUUGCCUGGAACCUUGGAGGGUCGCUGCCAGUCAGUGUAGACCAGUGUUGAACAACUUUGUCCCUCCUGCCAUUGUUGGCUACGUCUCGCACCACCGCUGAUGAUUGAUGACUGUUGCUGAGCAUGCUGGGAGUUAUAAUCGAAUGGGUUCAAGCUGUGCUGCCCUGGGUCAGAUAGUACUGAACUAGAUGGAGGGUGGCUUAGUCUAUAUCAGGCCUGCUCAACUUGGCCCCCCCAGCUGUUCUUGGACUACAACUCCCAUAAUCCCCAGCCACAGUGGCCAAUAGCCAGGGAUUAUGGGAGUUGUAGGCAAAUCUGCAGGAGGGCCGAAGUUGAGCUGGCCUGGUCUAUAUACAGCUUCUUCCAGAGUUCCACAUAGAACAUACACACGGUGCUUAGGAGCACAUUAGGAGAGAAAGCAGAGAGAAAUGGAUAGUUCUAAUUGUUGGAGAUGAACUUCCAGUGCAUCGACCUUUUGCACCAACUGUCCUAAUGACCACUAGGGGCAUUGGGAGUAGAGACAGUGAGUCAGGGUCACCCGAUCUGUCCCCACUCUAUGACCCUUGAAUGGACUCUGCAGCACUUCCUGUACUGAGUCACAAUCCUUCCUUUCCUCCUUGACAGCAGAUGGAAACCUCUCUCUCUCUCCUUGCCUAUCCAUUAUGUAGUCCUUUAGAUUAGAGAUAGGUCUUUCCUAUCUAAGUGUAUUUAACCAAUAAAUAUUUCGUGUUUAGUCAUACAAGGAUCUCCAUGUGUUUUCUCGAAAUAGCUGAAAUAUCCAAACCAUCCUCUGCUACCUAGUCUGUAACUGGAGUGUGUG